GCAACAUUCUGUUCGUACUAGUUUAGGUGGAAGUUUCGUUCUGAAAUAGUGAAAUAUGCAUUCGAUAAGAAUUGUUUUACCACGAUGUCUUGCUGUAGCACAAUCGUCCAAUAUGAUCCGCUCAACAGUGCAUCCUAUAUCGAAGCAUCGUUUGUGCAAUAUGUUCCCCGGACCAACAAGAACUGCUUCGAUUGUCCGCACACUUUGCUCGAAGCCUCCGGUAGCCGGGAGUGCAUCGGACUACGUACAGCAAAACAAAAAGGAACCGGACGAGGCUAGUAAAGUGUACUACGGUACGUUAACGCCACAAAUCCGAGCGGUAAAGGUGUUCUCGCUUGCCACAAGUAUCGGCGGUAUAGUUGCGCAACCGAUAUUGCUCGAACAGGCAAGCAAAAUAGGUGGCAUGCCCAUGAUUGUGGCCGUAUGUGGAUUCGCCGGAUUCUUCACCUUCGUCACACCCAUUCUAUUGCAUUUGGUAACGAAACGCUACGUCACGGAGCUUCAUUAUGAUCCGGUGAAACAACAGUACACAGCAACCACGAUCACAUUUUUCCUCCAGCGUGAGAAGACAAACUUCAAAAUCGAAGAUGUUACCGUACCGGAAGUCGGUGGUUUAUUUACCACUUUUCUGGUAAAAAAUAAGGCAAUGUUUGUCGACCCACAGCUGUUCCCAGAUCCUACACACUACAUUAAGAUUAUGGGAUAUGAUAAGCCGAUCGAUUUUAAGUUUGAAGAAGCACGCCAAACAGGAAGUAGUGAAAACCCUUCCAAAAAAGAUCGAUGAAAUACUUAACUGAUGAAAC